AUGCUGCGAGUGCCGCCAGAUCUGCUACCAACGCUGGAGACGCCCCUGCUGCACUCGGCAGUCGGGCCCUGUAUCGGUGGGAAGUGCAAGACGUGGGUGCCCAGGAGCACAGAGGGGUAUGGGCCACGGGGGUCCAAGCGUCAGGAAGGAGUCUGGUACGGCCCCAGCUGGGUCCUGGUCAGCUGCGGUAGAGGACACUGUCACAAAUGGGGCACGGGCAACGGCUGGUUCAGGCAGCCAAGGACAUAG